CGGAGUAGAUUGUUUGCCGUACGCAUGGUACCGUUAAAUCCAGUCGGUUUCGAUAAUUUUUCGCGAAAAAGAUAAACAAAUUUGAUUAAAAGAAAUAAAAAAAUGGACUGUAAUGAAUAGAAAGUAAUAAAGAAAAAAGAAAAGACAGAAAAAUGAAAAAAUAUUCGAUUUUGUUUUUAAGUUUGUUGGCUGUGAUUGUUGUUAAUGUUGUUGUUGUUUUUGGACAGGACGAAACUAUUAGUGAAAAAAGUGAGAAGAAAGAUGUAGAACAGAGUGGUGAAAAUAGAGAAAUGAGGGAAUAUGUUGAGAGCUGGCACGGCAUCCAGACAAUCCCAGAGGGAGCCACCGAUUGGAUACCCCGUGAUCCUUACACAAACCGACCAAUCAAACGACGUAGACUGAGAAAACGAAAAAGGCGACCUCCGGUAGUAACAUUCCUAGACGAUUCCAAAGAACAAAUCCUCCAACCUGCCACAGACAACCUGGACCAAGCUGGCAACAUUAGGAUACCUUUACUGAUAGAAGAAAAAAUUCAGAGUAGAUUACCAGAGUUGAAAGACCAUCUGACACCUCCAGAAGAAGAGGUUUAUUUGGAUGAAGGCCAGCAACAGGACAGAGUUACGUUGAUGGAUGACAAAUUCGUUGAAGAAGCUGAUAGGUUUACUUUACCUAAGAAACGGAAAAGGCCUAACAUUAAUGGAGAAUGGGAUGAACAUGAUGAAGUUGAAUAUUCAAAAAGAAAAAAAGUCCAACCAGAGCGUCAAGACUCAGAAAAACUCACCGUUAUCAGUAAUCCAGAUUUAGGAAUCAGUCCUCUGAGUGCCACUAUAAAUUUUGGCCCAGAAACUAUACCUCCAUCAAAAAUAGAAGACAAAAAUGAAAAAUCCACGAUAUACUACGGUAACCCUAAACCUGUAGAUGAAGAACAAACAAAAACAACAGAAGAACCCGAUAAAAUAACCAAUUUGAAGGCAAUUUUGAAACAAAACGGUGGCCUGAGUCUCAGCGAAGUACUUCAGAAGAAAAACCUUACUUUAGCUGAACUGCUAAAAGGAGACGCAAAUGCUAUUAAAGCUCUUACUGAACCACCUAAAACAACAAUGGAAACUGAAAGUCCAGAAAUUUUAACUGAAAAAGUCGAAAUGACGACAAAAUAUAAAAGAUUACCACCAUCUUCUGUUUUAAAGAAGAACUUGAUUAACAGAAAGUACGAACAGAAUGACGAGGAAUUUUCCGAUACUGAACUGGCAGAAGCACAAAGAAAACGCCAAAAUUUACUUCAGGCUUUCAACAAAAUACCAGCAAAUACUAAACAUAGUUCUUUUAAAGAACCAAGCAGUACGGAAAAAUCAAUCUUAACUUCUCCAGACCCUAAAGAAGCAAUUUCUUCAUCAUCUGAAAUAGAAAUAAAUGAAAAUAACACAGAAAUACCUCAGGGAACCACUACAACGACACAAAAAGUAACUACGAAUUCACAAAGAGCAGUUUUAAGAGUGCAAUCGAGACUGCCUCUUACUAACGCAAAGUUGAACAAAAUUACUUAUAAAAGGAUGCCUCCAAAAUAUGUUCCAGUGAUCAAAGAAGAAGAUACAACUAAAGAAGAGGAAGAGAACUAUCCUAAACUACCUAUCGUACCUUUGAGGCCUAUAAAAAUCGACGUUAAGGAUUUGUUUGGGCCGAAGAAUACAGAAAAUCAGUCUGAAGAAAAGGAUGAACCAUACCGCAUGGAAAUAGAUCUAGAUAACUUGACCGACAAAUCAACCACAACUACCACUCCCCGCACAACUACAACAUCCACAACCCCUUCCACAACCACCACCACCACAAGCACAACAUCUACAACCAUAAAACCACAAGUCUUCACAGAAGACACGGAAAAACUCCAACCAUUCACAGCCAAAGAAGAAAUCCUGCAAAUCCUUCGAGACCCCAAGGCCAGACAAGAUUUAACCAGAGUCUUAGAAGCCCGAAACAUGACAGUUCAAGAAUUGAUUGAACAGAGAGAGAGAGGUUCAAGCCAGCGACAUCUAGCUGACAUUUUCCACAACAACACCAGAGAACCUGAACCAAUUGACGAACCCCUGGAAGGACAAAUAAGCUCUGAAGUUUUUACAAGUUUUCCCAUUUUUUCCAGACACCCCAAGAAUUUAUUUGAUGAAAAACCUGAAAGCCAGGAAAAUGUUGAGACGAUUAAAGCAACAAAUACUAGCUCUAUUUUUCCUAGCUUCAAAAUAGAAGUUCCUGAAGAAAAUACAACAAAUUCUUGGUCAAAUCUUUACCCGAAUUUGUUCAACAUCGAAACCAAAAACACCAUAGAAAACGCAGAAGAAAUUCUACCAUCUUCCAAAGAGAAAUUUGUGAAUGAAAUGCCUUUAGAUAUUCUAACCCAAGAAGACUUUAUACAGAGGGUUGAUGACAAUAACGAAAGAAUGUUCUCUUCAAAUGAACAACUCGAUUUCGUUGUUGACGAAGAUUCUCACAAAAUCUUCAAAAAUAUCCCGUCAGGAGUUAAAUCAGCCAUAAUAGCUAGCUUGCUGAUCGUAGGAUUGUCUGUGAUGGUUUUUAUAACAAUACUAGUAAUAUUUAAAUGGACUCAAAAAAAGAAGCAAGGCCCUAACUACAGGGAAAGCUUGAAACCACAGAUGUUUAAUGUAAAAAAGCGAAAUAUAAAGAAUUUUGUGGUGGAAACUAUGGGUAAAGCAAGAAUGAAUUAUUACAGGAGUCAGAUGAGAGGUAUGAGUGACAGUAUUUGGGAGAAAGAUAGUGACAGGAAGUUGUCAUUUUGAAAGAAAUUAUCAAAGAAACGGUUUAUAUACAAAUAAAAAUGUUAGAAAGUGCCUGUGACACCAAAGUGAAUUAUGAGGUUUUGAGGGAAGUUGAGAUCGCCAUAAAUCUUGAAAAAAUAAUUCUAGCAAAGGCUUAGAAAAUAUUUCAUGAUAAAUUUUUUGGAACUUUGUAUUUUAUAACAAAUCAAAUCAAAAAUUUUCAAUGUAAUUUUAAGAUGUUUUCAAAGAAGUGCUGUAAGAAUUUCAUUUAAACACAACAGUACCUGUAUUUAACAGUACUAUUUUUUAAACAAAUAUCCAAUGUAUGUUAAUAUUAUAUGUACGGGGUGGGUCAAAUUCGACGCUUUUAAAUGGAAACACCCUU